UCGUUUUUUGCUUUUGAAAUUCAUGAAAAAAAUGUUUUUGCAAAAUAAUGGCUAUUUCUCAUCUUUUAACCCUAACUGCUUACUAAAAAUUCAAACAUGGCUUAAUCUGCCUUCCCAUAUUCCCCCAUUUAUUGAUUCAGUGACUUCCUUCCUCUUCACUGGCUGAUUGGUAUUUUAAUACAAAAUGUCUGCCGUGCAUUAUACAGGUGGUUGCUACACGCUGAUAGUGAUUCAGGAGAAUUCCCCCCUGUGCACUCCAGGUAUGACUGCAAUGCGUAGACACUUCCUGUUGUAUACGUUCCUAUCUUUCAGGCAGUGUGUGGUAGUAUGUAUUUAAAGAAGUGAUGCAACUUCUCCCCCGUACAGUUCUGCCUGCUCAUUCCUCAUAGGUAAAUGUCAUGCACAUUGUCAGUGGCCUGAAUGUCUCAUACCAUGUGAGCCCAUGUCCCCUCUGGCAGCCAUCUCAGAUACCAUGCAGCUGACCUGUCAGCAGUCACCAGCAACAGCCUUCGGGCUGUGAAGGGUACAUCACCAUAACAACCUCCAUUGCACAGAAGCACUGGAAGAAUUGAUUGAUUUUGAGCACUUCAGUUCUUUCACAAUGUUUAGUCUGCAAGCAAUAUGCCAUUUUAAGUGCCCAUCAGGUAAACUGUAAUUGGUUUAACUUUGGAAUGCACUUCAACAUGAGAGAGAGAAUAUUAUGGUUACACUGAUACAUUUCCGGUUACUUUCCCUUACAUAAGUUAGCGUCAACUUGACUACCUCGCAUGCAUGGUUUCCAAGCGUUCUCUGCUGGUUGCUAACGAUAGUGAGCGAUCGCUAGCUACGAAGAGCAGCUUUUAUAAAAGUCUAAGAGAAGCUCUUCCACCUAGAUAGCUAGUGAUCCGUCUCGCUGGCUAUUUAUUUAUUUCACUUGCUAGCUAGCGAUCUAUGAAUCUUACAGGAUAGUUUUUUUAAAAUAAUUAUUGUACUCACUGUCUCACCUAAUUUACACACGCCAUUACACAAGCUAAGAUACAGAAAUUCCAUUUGUAUUCUGUUCAUAUGUUUAUUGUUUGUUGUACUCAGGUUUUUGCAAUACGUAUAUAUAUAUGCACGUCAUGCCAAUAAAACUUAUUUGAAUUUGAAUCUUCGGACAGAGAGAUUUAACCAAUUGGCGCAAUGUAACGGCACAACGUAACCCCAGAAGUGAAUAGGAGGAAUUAAAUUUGUAAGGGGGAUUAAAUUUGUUGACAGCAUUUUACAUUUGGCUAUACUGAAUUUCAUUUUCCAGGUUUCUAUCUACUUCUGGAUUUUAAUUAAAUCUGUUUGGAUUACUGUAGUAGAGUCCAAACUAUUAGCUGGGCCUCCCAGUUUUGUCUCAUCUGCAAAUUUGACUAAUGUUUUUUCUAUGUCCCUCAUUGAUGUAAAUGACGAAGAGCAGUGGUCCCUGCACCAAUCCUUGUGAGACUCCACUUCCCACAGUUCCCUGCUCAGAUGUAUCAAUGAUUCAACCACGGAGACCAAAAGAUACCAAGGUUACCCAGAAGGAAUGGAUAUGGAAAGGAGAAGGAAUCAAAUGUCGAACACAGUGGGGUACAUCUGUGGCAUGGAACAGGAGAAUAAGACCAACAGUGAUGGCCUCAUGGACAUUGUAAAUAUCACUUGUUCUCCGAACGCCAUUGCAGGCAUUAAGGAAAACAUGGAUCAGGCCCCAGUCUCCCAGAGCCAGAAUCAACAGCAGUUCGUUUUUCCUAUUUUGAGCAAUGCUGCCAAUGGUGUUAAGUUAGAAAUGGACUCCAAAGAGCUCUCCAAGACUGUGGCUGAGUCGAUGGGCUUGUACAUGAACGCAGCGCGAGAGGCGGGCUAUGCCUUGGGCCCACAGGGCGCAGGCGGCAGUGGGCAGCAGCCGGGCAGGAACCUGUCCCCCUCACCAGGCUGUCCAAAGCCCAAACCUGUGAGGUUGUUAGUUUCAGCUCCUUACCCUGGGAUGUCCCACCUGUCUGAUAUCGCUAAAAUGGAGUGUGGCUCUGGUGUCCUGCCAGAGGCAGAGGACUGUCUAGCCCCAGGCCUUGACCAUAGUCCACAAAACUCCAAUGAUUCCAUCUCCAGCCCUACUAAAUUUGGGAAAGCCUUCCCCCCAGCUGGCAGCCCCGUCAGCCAGUUUCCUGCCCUGCCGGGCCUUGCCCACGCCCCCCACCUCAGGAUCUCCACCACUUGCAGCCCCAACAACACGAGUACGGUGGGUUCCCCCCUUGCAAGCCCUCUUAAUGUGAUGAAAUCGCCCAUCUCCAGUCCCCACAGAAUGGGGAGUGUGAGGUCCCCACCCUCCUGCAACCCCACUGUGAGGUCAUCAGUGUCCAGCCCCACUGGCAGCAGCAGUAACAACAACAGUAUGCGGGAAUCAAUUUCUAGUCCAGAAAAUGUCAGUUCUAUGCCUUUGUCUAGUCCUCCUAAUUCGACAGGCUUCCCUAUGUCUAGCCCUGCAAGUGGACUGGGCCUUGAACUGAAUGAGACUCGCAGCCCAAUUAAGACAGACCAAGACUACAGUGGGUUUGAGUUUCCAAAGCUGGAGAAGGUGGACACUGAGCUGUACAGCAUUGGCCUGGACAAGAUGGGAAUGGUGAAGUAUAUAAAACCAGAGCCAGACUGCAUGAGGAGCACGUGUGUGAGUGGUGACAGGAGUGACAUGCCCAGCUCACCCUUCACCAUGCAAAUUAAAAGUGAACCAAACAAUGAAGUGACGUGUCUGAAUCCCCAAUACAAUGGAGAGCUGCACUCUUUAAAUCUGUUUUCUGCAGCGGAGACCACUUACCUGUCCUUGAGGGAUAACGUAGAUGAACAUAGCCUCUCUGGGAUUUUAGGGCCACCAGUCUCUUUACUUAAUGGCCACUACCAACCUGAAGCUUUUUCUAACAAUGUCUUGCUUAAGGGGAUUAAGCAGGAGUCUAAAGAUGGCAGCUAUUACCAAGAGAAUGGUGACAUGCCGACAGCGGCCAUUGUUGGGGUUAAUUCAGGUGGGCAUUCAUUUCAUUACCAGAUUGGAGCACAAGGAACAAUGUCUUUUUCCCAGCAUGAUACAAACCCCUUGCUGAAUCUAAUUUCUCCCGUCGCUGCAUUGAUGAAAACGUGGAAGCCGCACCCUGGCUUGCCACCCCAAGGGGAAGGAUAUCCAGGUCACAGGUGCAUGGUGGACAGCAUGGCAAGCUCGAUUCGAAACUCGUCAUCAAGUUCAUCUUCAGCCAAAGUGUGUCUGGUCUGCGGGGAUGAAGCCUCUGGCUGCCACUAUGGGGUGGUUACCUGUGGCAGCUGUAAAGUGUUCUUCAAGAGAGCCAUCGAAGGUCAGCACAACUACCUGUGUGCCGGGCGGAACGACUGCAUCAUUGACAAGAUCCGGAGGAAAAACUGCCCAGCGUGCCGGGUGCGCAAGUGUCUGCAGGCCGGGAUGAACCUGGGAGCACGGAAGUCUAAGAAGAUGGGCAAACUAAAAGGAGUGGGAGAGGAGGCACCUCCGUACGCGUCUAAGGAUGGCCAGACAUACCUGACCACAGAGAAGGAGCUGAGCAGCAGCGCCGCCCUGGUGGUGCACACGCCGGUGUCUCCGUACCUGUCCCCGUCCAUCUGCAGCGUUCUGGAGCUCAUCGAGCCCGAGGUGGUCUACGCUGGAUACGACAACACGCAGCCGGACACCACCGACCACCUCCUCUCCAGCCUCAACCAGCUGGCCGGGAAGCAGAUGAUCCGAGUCGUCAAGUGGGCCAAACUACUUCCAGGUUUCAGGAGUCUGCCCAUCGAGGACCAGAUCACGCUCAUCCAGUACUCCUGGAUGUGUCUGUCUUCCUUCUCCCUCAGCUGGAGGUCCUACAGACACACCAACGGACAGAUGCUCUACUUCGCCCCCGAUCUGGUCUUCAACGAGGAACGCAUGCAGCAGUCAGCCAUGUACGAGCUGUGCCUGGGCAUGCGGCGCGUCAGCCAGGAGUUUGUGCGGCUGCAGCUGACAGCCGAGGAGUUCCUGUCCAUGAAGGUCCUGCUGCUCCUCAGCACAGUUCCCAAGGAGGGUCUGAGAAACCAGGUGGCAUUUGAGGAGAUGAGGGUGAACUACAUCAAAGAGCUGCGCCGGUCUGUGGGGAAGGCCACCAGCAGCUCGGGCCAGACCUGGUCUCGCUUCUACCAGCUCACCCAGCUGCUGGACGCCAUGCAUGACCUGGUGGGGGAUCUUCUGGACUUCUGCUUCUACACGUUCCGUGAGUCUCAGGCCCUCAAGGUGGAGUUUCCUGAGAUGCUGGUGGAGAUUAUCAGCGACCAGCUUCCGAAGGUGGAGUCAGGACUAACCCACACACUCUACUUUCACAAGAAGUGACAUUACACUGUAGCAUCUCAGAGGAUGAAGCGCUUUGCCUUAAAGUUGCUUAUGCCAGUGUGCCACGCCCCCUGGACCCCAUCCCAGAGGGGAGGAGAGAGAGGCCACGCCCCCUGGACCCCAUCCCAGAGGGGAGGGGAGAGAGGCCACGCCCCCUGGACCCCAUCCCAGAGAGGAGGGGAGAGAGGCCACGCCCCCUGGACCCCAUCCCAGAGAGGAGGGGAGAGAGGCUAAUUUGUGGUGUCGCUGCCGCUCGUCAGCUGGUGAGCCAAUCAGGAAGGUCUUAGGAGAACUGAAAAGCACUGGAAAGGACUUGAGUCAUGUAACAGAGAAUCCCACCCCCAAAGGCUCGCCCCCCCCCAAGGCCCUCUCCCAAAGCCCCCCCCCCCCCCAAGGCCUGCCCCCAAAGCCCCCCCCCAAGGCCUGCCCCCAAAGCCCCCCCCCAAGGCUUGCCCCCAAAGGCUAUGAUUUUAAUGGAGAUGAAGCCAUACAGACUUUUUUUGGUCACACAGUUGUACAUACAAACAUGCUAAAUGACUUACCUCUCCCUGGAAAUCUACAACUGUGGCUUUUAUAUAAGAAGUAGUACUACAGGAAAAUGCUUACUUCACUUUGCAGUGUAUUGUCAUAUGGGCAGUCCUGCAAAAUUUCAAAACAAAACAUUUUUUUGUGUAGUAGAAAAUAUAGGCCAUUUGGAAGGGGAAUAAUUGUGUGUGGGCAUUUUCCAAGGGCUUCACAAGUUUAAUUAAAAACUGUUUCAUGCAAAACCGGUACAAAUCAAUAGUUUUAAAUGAAUCCUAAAUCCCUUGUUGGUAUGUAUGAUGCUACAUACAUGUGCAUGAUUAUGUAAUCAUUCUACAACAAUCAAGCGUCUACUGAUAUACAAACUGUAUAAAUAUAUACACUAUAUUACACAAACAUAAAACAUUUAACAUGAAAUUAAAGGCACUAUUAGAGGAGACUAGUGCUGUUAAGUAGAAAAUCAACUGGUUAGAUGCGUUGUUUCCUGAAUUAGGUGGUUAACUUGGGACGUACAUUGAGAAGUUCAUUGUAUGUUAUUAAACUUUUUUCCAGUGCUAGUAGUGAAGUAGAAAAUGGUGCAAUUUAGCUCCACUUGCAAUACAAUAUGAACCUAGUGUUUUUGUCUCAUGACGUGUGUAACUGAUUUAUACAUAAUCUUUGCCAUAAUGAAUGCACUUGCAUAUUAAAGCCAAGUAGUUUGUUCUUUUUUUAUAGUCUGAUAGUCCAAAACCAGCUCUUUGUGAAACCAAGUGCUUGAAAUAGCUUUAUUUCAAGGUUUCUAAAAAUAAAGAUUCAUGAACAUUUCUAUGAAUUAAAUAGAUCAACUGAUAACAUUUUAUAACAAGGUGCUUUUUUCCUACAGCAGACCAGUCUGCAGAGCUUUCUGCUCGCUGCACAUGUGCAGAUUAUAAUCUGAUAUCAAAAAGUCUGAAAUUUACUGUACUUGCGCUUGUUAGAGAAACCUUGGAAUAAAGUGGAACCAGCAUGAUAGGUGUCAGUAAACGCUGAAUGAAUUUGUAUUUCAGCUGACCUGUAAAUGCCAUUGCAAACAGAACAAGAAGCUGUAAUAAAUAUGGGUUGAUGCUGUAUAGAAGCUGGCAAUACACAAUGGAAAUUAUCAGUGACACUGACACAUUGAAUGCAUUAGUGGCGGCUUUCUUGUGUCAUACCCCUCAAAUGUGUCAACUGAGUGUGGACACGUCUUCAUUGGACCAUUUUUUAAUUUUUAUAUCAUAAAAAUUACUGGUCACCAAAAUAACAGUGGAUGAGAUGUAAGCCGUUUUGUGAUUGUGUGUGGGCAGCGGUCGUUUUGGCUUCCAAGAGUUCAUGUGACUAGAUACUCAAAAUGGCAGUUUGUUACUCUCACAAAGGAUUAUGGACUUCCUCCUGUCUACCUUAAAUUUCACACAGAGGAAUAACUGUGACUCUUGGGGCAUUAUUGUUUGUUUUAUUGCUGAGAAAUGUUAUUUAGACUUUGGGUAGUUGCUCUUUGACCCCUGAUAUAACAUUGGGGCACAUCAGUGUGCAUCAGUCUGUCUGAAGGAAAAUGACAGAAUUAUGACAUUAGAAAAUUAAUGAAAUAAUUAAAAAGAAAUUUCCAGGCUUUUACAAAUUAUUUUUGCAAUCUUUGCUGUUCUGUAUAUUGCUGUAUAAAAUAUUGUGAAGGACCUGAAAUAAGCUGUAAGGAGUUUUUUGUUUUGUUUUUUGUUUAUACACAAACAAAAUAAAAGAUACUAACUGUUAAUGGUUCAUAGGAAGAAUUGGAAAGUAUUUUUGGAAGAUGUCUAUUUUGUUGGAAAAAAUAUUUAAGUACUUUGUCUAAAAAUCAUUUUUUAUGUAAAGUGAAAUGUUUAUGCAUGUUUACAGAAGAGAUGUUUACAGUGUGUUCAUGAAGGGAAAGUUGUGCCUUUAUCUUAUAUUUACCAUUUUCCAGUAUCUGUUGUAAAUAACCACAGUGAAUAAUUUCAUUGAUUAGCAUAAAACAUUUCGACUUUAUCAUGUUGUCUAGUUGGAAAACUCAUAGUUUCUGUAGGUCUUCACAAAUUAUAAUCAUGUGCUUUGAGUUUUAUGGCGUAUAACGGUGAGAGACCAAUAGAAUGACCUAAGCCCUAACCCAAUGGAAUGAAAGCUGGACACCAUAGAAUGCCUUCAUUGAUAAGAUGUACUCUGUUAUCAAUUGCAAGGAAUUUAUUUUUUCAAAAGCAUUCUGAAAUCAGACCUGUUAGCCAUAUGCAAUUCAAUAACACCAUUAUAACACCAAGCAGGCAUUUCAUUGGUCUGUAUUAUGUGUAAAUCAGGACUUUUUUACUAUGAUAAGAAAUGGUGUUGAGUAUGUCUAAGUGUUUCUUUUCCAACAGUUGAUCAAGGCCUUGAGGAUAUUAGCACUAAAGAGCUUUCACCCCUGCUGCAGGUUACUUUAUUCAACUUUUUAAAAUUUGAUUUUAUUCUAGAUAGGACAGUGCAAAGAUACCAGCUGGUGGUAACAGUUCAUAGUGAAUUGUUUGAGGUCCCUCUGGAUUAACACUGACAUCUUCGAGGGGGGGGGGGGGCGGGCAGGGGAGCAGGGGGGCGGGGCAGCAGUCAGUAGAGGGUGGGAUAGGUAGCAAACAAGAGGAACGAUAACGAUUGAUAAUCAAACAUGUCCACACAGCCAGGUAACAAUACGGUUUUUAAUCAUAGUAAUGGCAGGUAGUUAUUUCUGCAUUGUAACGGAAAUUCCACAGAGACACAUUUGCUCAGGGACAGAAAGCAGGCUGACGGGUUGGGCAGGACUGUCUGUGCAGACUCAUGAUCCCUGCCUCCCCUGAACCUCUUUCAGAUGAAAUGUUAUUGAAGAAGGACUGCAGUAUACAGUACAGAGGUUUCUGUUGUCAGACCCAUUUGUGGAUUUAGCAAUUAAACCAUAUACCCAUCACAAUCACCUAAAAUUCCCCCAGUAAUCAUUAGUUUUACAAAAUAUAACUUUUUUUCAUCCAAUACUUUGUGUAAUAUCUCUCUGUUACUAUUUACAGUAUAUUAGCUCUUAUUCAUUAUAACAUCAGCAAAACAGUUGAUACAAACAACUUACUGUGUAUCGUUUAUGCAUAUGGCUAUAACUGUAUUUGCAAAAAUUCCGAGCGAUUCAAAUAAACCCUUUAACAAAGA